AUGGCGUCCACCAAUUCGGCUGCCCUGGAGAAGCCGACUGGCGAGUACCGCCAGUACUUGCCCGACCUGAGCUUGAAGCGCUUCCAGGUGAUGUGCACGCAGGACGCGCACGAGUAUGCUCACGACUUUAAGACCCUGAAGCAGCCCCCAUGGCUGCAUGCUUUGUAUUCGUAUUGGUUGGAAUUGCUGCAGGAGCCCUUCAAGGGUGUCACCACCGACGGUCGCGUUCGCCCCGAUCUUUUCACCUUGCAAGAUGAAGAUGUUCCGAUCCAGCACAUUGUGGACACCACACAGACCUUCCUCGGCCUGCUAGACGAUAAGCAGAAGGAAGCCGUCAGCUACCACAUUGACUCCCCACAGUGGCGCACAUGGUCCAACCCCGAAUUCCUGCUUGCACACAAGGGUGUCCGCCUCGACGAGGUCACCGAGCAGGUCCGCGGUGCUGUCAUGAACGUCCUCAAGGCCACUCUUUCCCCCGAGGGCUACGAAAAGGCCGUCAACGCCAUGCGCAUUAACCACUUCCUCGGCGAGCUGGUCAAGUCGCCCCGCGUCAUGAAUGAGUUCUCUUACAACUUCGCCCUCUUCGGUCGUCCCUCCACUACCCGGCCCUGGGGCUUCUCCUUCUACGGCCACCACCUGUGUCUGAACAUUUUCCUGUAUAAGGGCCAGAUUAUCGCGUCGCCGUGGUUCACCGGCGCCGAGCCUAAUGAGAUUGAUUCCGGUCCUUACGCUGGUACCCGCAUUAUGCAGGUUGAGGAGAAGCUUGGUCUGGAGCUGAUGCAGUCUCUCACUGUCGAGCUACAAACCAAGGCUCGCGUCUUCCAGUUGAUGAAGGAUCCUGCUAUGCCGCCUGGUCGCUGGAACAAGGAUGACCAGCGCCACGUUUGUGGUGCCUACCGUGAUAAUCGGGAGGUCCCUUACGAGGGUAUCCUGGCAUCCACCUUUAACGAGGCUCAGAAGAAGCUCAUGUACGGCAUCCUGGAGCAGUACCUUCUUUACCUGCCGGCCAAGUCUCGGGCCUUGAAGAUUGAGCAGAUCCGCCGCUGGGAGGCGGAGACUUACUUCUGCUGGAUUGGUGGUAAUGGCGAUGAGGAUCCUUUCUACUACCGCAUUCAGAGCCCGGUUAUCCUUAUUGAGUUCGAUCACCACUCUGGUGUGUUCUUGAACAACGAGGAGCCUAAGAAAUUCCACAUUCACACUUUGCUUCGCACACCUAACGCGGGCGAUUAUGGCCAGGCUUUGCGGGCUCAGAUCCCGGCUAUUGAGGGCUUGAAUGGAAAGGAGAUUGUUUGGUAG